AUGAGAUGGGUCCAUGACAUCCUCACUCCAAGACGCGGCGUGAGAGGGCGACGCCAAUCCUUCCCAGGACGACCAGCCGAGUCAAGACUAUCAUCCAACGGGAAAAGGACGGAACCCAACCACUACCAGCCAUACACUAAGGCUGCGGCUCCACUGGCUGUGGUGCUGCACCAGCAAAGCCUAUCAGAGCCAGCUGUCAUCACAAAACUGGUGGCUCAGCUUCACAAAAGCUCUGGAGAGGUCAUAAAGCGACGACCCCGGUGCUUGACUAAGAACUCGUCUGCGCUGGUUGUGCUAGAGACAUCUCGUCCUGUGUGUGUGGAGUUGUACAGAGACGUGAAGGAGCUCGGACGAUUUAUGUUGAGGGUGGGAGGAGCCACCAUCGCAGCGGGUCUCAUCACCAAGAUCCUGUAAGACUGGAUUACAAGAAUAUUUAUUAACUGUGGUUUUCUAAUUGGUGCAUAUUGUAAAAAGAGAUUUAUUAGGCUACAUCAUUGAAUAAAUUUGGUUACA